AUGUACACGGUACAUUCUCUCGUCUUUUUGACGCUUUCCGUUUAUUAUAUCAAUUCCCAAGCAAUUGUUACGAACGCCUUCAAGAAUAUCUACAUCUAUGCAUCGCCGGCUGCAGUCAACACGGUAAGAAUAUGUUUUUGAACAAUUUUCUGGAAUAAAAUGUGAAAUUUUGAGUUGACAAAGAAUGUGAACGCUAAAACGACGGCCGAUACUCAGAAGACUGUUCUCAAGAACUGGUCCGCCAAGAACUUCGUACGUUUAAUGUUGAUCUGAGAAAAUUUUUAGUGGCCUCUAUAGUAGUCAAAUUAGUGGCCACUUGAGGGUUUGAAAAUCAGUGGCCACUAUAGAGGUCUAAGUUCUACUACUAGACCACUAAACAUUUUAGUGGCCACUUUAGGGGUCAAUGGAUAUAACUGGUCCAAUAAGUUUUUUUUUUUAAUUAUCAGACCUACUGAAGGAAUACUGGAUGAAAAACUACUGAAGUGGCCACAAAAUAGAACCUCUAUAGUGGCAACUAAAACGGAUAAUAGUGGCCACAAAAGAGGUGGGUUUAGUGGCCUCUUUAGUGUUCUCUCCAAGCAGUCAUUGGCGAGCCUCUAUAGUGGCCACUAAAAAUUUUCCCAGAUAUUGACAGCUUUUUCUUACAAAACUUACAAUCAAUUAAACCCUUUUGAAAGGCGAGGGAGGCGGGUCGCGUAGCGUGCGCGUUCGCGGUUCUUGGCACGAGUCCAAUUCAACCUACUGCGUUUAUUUGGAGAGCUCGUUUUUCGCUCUUCUCAUUCAUUUUUUUUUUUAAUUAUUUAGUGAUUUUUUUUUUUCAUUUGUGCAUUAUAAAACAGAAGACCAUAUAGAAAAAGAGCGGUGACCGAGCUUUCCAAAUAGUCGCUGGCGCUUAUAUUGAACUCGUGUCAAGAACCGCGUACGCACACGCUACGCGUCCCGCCUUCGCGAAGGAUUUAUUAUAAUAUCCUCAAAAAAACUUUCAGUUUGCGGCAGGCGUCAAGGCUAAAGCCGGAGACCGAUUCGGCAACAAGACAUAUGUGAACGAGAGAGCCGCGGCUUUCAUCGAUUCUCGAUUCGCCCUCAAAAAAUACAUCAACUUCCUUUACCAGAAGGCUGUCGACACCAAGAGUUUGACCGCGGAGGGUGCGGCGAGUGUGAGAAUCGAUCUCCAGGAAACUCUGAAAAUAUCGGAAAUUUCAGUUCCGCAAGACGUACUGGACAACGGACGCCAAAUGCAACAAUAGUUUCAUCGAAACGAUGACGACUUUGCAGAGAGAGGUGGAAAAAAAAAUGUUUUUAAUGGAAUUUUCACGUCAAAAAUCACACAUUUAAUUCUCGGAAAAAUCUAAGCCACAACAAAAAUUUCAGAAUGGUGGCGGUCCCGAAUUGAACGCCAAACUUGUCAAAUGGACCGGACAAUUCAACCAGACCAACUACAAGGAAUACCAAAGUCUGCCGUGGAGAAUCUAA